GGAGGGGUGUAUGUGCAAUUAACCCAAGUACACAUUGCACAACCGGGGCCAAAGUUCCAGGGCCUACUGGUUCGAGGAGUUCAGCCUUUCCAUGGUUGGUUGCUUCUUUGGCGAUGGAGGAUUUGCAGAGAGCGCUAUCUGUACGAGUUUAACAGUUUCAACUCUCCCAGAUAAAGGCCGCUGUCUCUUAACCUUAAGAGAUUUCUCUCCAGCUAUGGAUUCCCUGUCACCUUGCCUUAUGGUACUAUGCGGAAAGUCAUUUAGCGAGAAGGAAUUGGCUAAAUCUUUGAAGGACAGUAACACUUUGAAGCUUCCUGAAGAUGCAGCAGUUUCUAUUCUGUUACACUCAGAGACUGAACAGGCCUUUGAUGGGGAGAGUUUUCGUAUCAAUUCAUUAUUCAAUUCUCUUUCAACUACUUGCUUUGGAAGGCUCCUGAUUUGGUCCCCACGUUUGCCGUCAACACAUGACAUUGUUUCCCAAAAUUUCUGUGAGCUUCCAAUUGGUGCUGCUUGUGUUGCUGAUGUUCAGUUCAAAGGCCGAGGUCGGUUAAAAAAUGUAUGGGAAUCUCCCAAGGGUUGCCUUCUGUUUUCAUUUACAAUCCAGAUGGAUGAUGGGCGAGUGGUGCCUCUUCUACAGUAUGUAGUGUCUCUUGCCAUGACAGAGGCAAUAAAGGAUGUUUGCUGCAAAAAUGGCAUACCACAUCUUGAUGUUAGAAUAAAGUGGCCGAAUGACUUGUACUUAAAUGGCCUUAAAGUGGGAGGCAUUUUGUGCACAUCAACCUAUAAAUCCAAGAAGUUUAAUGUCAGUGCUGGAAUAGGGUUGAAUAUUGAUAAUGAGAAACCUACAACAUGCUUGAAUGCAGUGCUGCAAAAGUACACGCCUGCUGAUUACCAACUAAAGAGAGAAGAAAUUCUUGCAGCAUUUUUUAAUAAAUUUGAGAAUCUUUUUGAUCUUUUUGUCAAAAGAGGAUUUCAGUCUCUUGAGGAGCUGUACUACAACACCUGGUUACAUAGUGGACAGAGAGUGAGCGUGCAGGAAAAGAAUGAGGAUCAAUCUUUAGAAAAAGUAGUUACCAUUCAGGGUUUAACGUCCUCAGGUUUUUUAUUAGCUGUUGGUGAAGAUGGUCAAAUGUGUGAGCUUCAUCCAGAUGGCAAUAGUUUUGACUUCUUCAAAGGACUGGUGAAGAGAAAAACGACAUAUUGAUCAAACAAAAGUGAGAAGAAAAUCGGCAUAUCCUAGAUUGUGGUGCAGCCCCAGCAUCUUCUUGCAGAAACAAUCAUCCUGGACAACCCAGUCAAAUGAGAUCUUGGUUGUCUCUUUUGAGUAGAUGCAGUAUUUCACAUAAUUGCAAAUAGAAAAAUGGAACAUUUUAUCCGUAUAUCCAUCGACCGAAGAUGGACCAUGAUCCCUUUAAAGUUUCUGGUCAAUUAAAGAUCUCUGUCUGUUGAUUGCCAGCUAUGAGACAUUGCUUUCCUCUUUCUUAACACUCCAAGAAUCAUUUUGAUCGCAAGAUCAAUGAUUGAUUUGAUAUGCCUAGUUUGCAGCUGAAAGAUGAUUAGGUCAAAAUAUUAGCUGUUAUUGACCAACCAAUCAUAACCUAGGUGCCCCUAGCAUCAAGCUCCAGGCAUUUCAUUUUCCCCACCCCACCGAAGUUGUCAUAUGUUUGGGUCUGGAGAUAGACUUUUAUGUGUUGCCUUUUAUUCCUGUUGAUUUGUUCAAUUAUGCAGGUCCAGAAUAUUCCUAUCUAAGCAACACAUUAUCAAACUUGAGCUGG